AUCCACUCGACGAGGUUAACUCGUCAUGACUGAUGCUGCCGUUUACAUCAAAUCCCCCUCGAACCGCAGGCUAAACCGCACGGCUGUCAUGGUUGUUUUAGCGAAUCUCUCCAGAAACAUUUCCCUCCUCUAAUUCCGCUCACAGACACACGCGCGCGAGCCUCUACGACCGCGCAGAGGCUCGCGACCAGCUGUGCGACGCGUCGCUGCCUACCGGUGGAACGGCGGCAGGACGAUGGCAGUGCGCGUGGACGGGCUCUCUCCGUGUUUGUCCUCGGUGCUCUAUGAAGGUUUUAAUUAGCCGAUAACAUACGUUUGACAUUUGCGACGGACUGAUGCGGGAGCGACGAUAAACGCCGCGCUCUGAUUAUGGAAAAGCAGCCCAGGUUUGAAGACCUCUGAUCAUAUUGGCUCCACAGCCAGCCAGGUGGCCAAUCAGGCGAUAGCCAGGCUCACUGAGGAGGGAGACCCACAGUGAGACUGGAAGACCCUCUUACUUCACCUACACCUCUUCACCCAUCCCCCUCUACCGUCACCGCCAUGUCUAUACUCAGCGGCAGCCCAGAGAGAGAGGGCUUCAGUGGGGCGCCCCCUCAGCUAGAGUGCCCUUCUUCCCCUCCCGGCAUGGACCCAGACCCCCCAUCAACGGGCAGCCCAGUGCUCAGCCCAGACUCCUCUUCCCAUGAUGCAGUGCUGUCGGCGCCGGCAGCCUCCCCGGCAGACUCUGAGAACUUGAGUCCUGAUGAACUGGAGCUGCUGGCCAAACUGGAGGAGCAGAACAGGCUGCUAGAGGCCGAUUCCAAGUCCAUGCGGUCGAUGAGCGGUUCGCGGCGCAACAGCGGCUCCUCACUGGUGUCCAGCUCCUCGGCCUCCUCCAACCUGUCUCACCUGGAGGAGGACACCUGGAUCCUGUGGGGCCGCAUCGUCAACGAGUGGGAAGAGUGGAGACGCAAGAAGGACAAACUCCUAAAGGAGCUGAUCAGGAAGGGCAUCCCUCACCAUUUCCGGGCCAUCGUCUGGCAGCUGCUGGGCAACGCCACCGAUAUGCCGGUGAAGAACCAGUACUCCGAGCUGCUGAAGAUGUCGUCCCCGUGCGAGAAGCUCAUCCGCAGAGACAUCGCCCGCACCUACCCCGAGCAUGAGUUCUUCAAAGGCCAGGACAGCCUGGGGCAGGAGGUCCUGUUCAACGUCAUGAAGGCAUACUCUCUGGUAGACCGAGAGGUGGGCUACUGCCAAGGCAGCGCAUUCAUAGUUGGUCUGCUGCUUAUGCAGAUGCCCGAGGAGGAGGCGUUUUGUGUUUUUGUGCGCCUGAUGCAGGAGUACCGUCUGAGGGAGCUGUUCAAACCCAGCAUGGCCGAGCUGGGGCUCUGCAUCUACCAGUUUGAGUAUCUCCUCCAGGAGCAACUUCCAGAGCUGAACGUCCAUUUUCGAUCCCAGAGUUUCCACACGUCAAUGUAUGCCUCGUCCUGGUUCCUCACCCUUUUCCUCACCUUCCUCCCUCUCCCUGUCGCCACGCGCAUCUUCGACAUCUUCAUGUAUGAGGGCCUAGAGAUUAUCUUCCGCGUGGGCCUGGCCAUCCUGCAGUACAACCAGACUGACCUCAUUCAGCUGGACAUGGAGGGCAUGUCGCAGCAUUUCCAGAAGGUGAUCCCCCACCAGUUCGACAGCUGCACAGACAAGCUGAUCCUCAGAGCCUACCAGGUCAAGUACAACCCCAAGAGGAUGAAGAAACUUGAGAAAGAAUAUACCACAAUCAAGAACAAAGAAAUGGAGGAACAAAUUGAGAUCAAGAGGUUACGCACAGAAAACAGGCUGCUGAAGCAGAGGAUUGAGACUCUGGAGAAGGGUCAGGUGACGAGGGCGCAGGAAGCGGAGGAGAACUACGUGAUCAAGCGGGAGCUGGCGGUGGUGAGGCAGCAGUGCAACACAGCCAGCGAGAGCCUGGAGAAAGCGCAGGACACCAUCAAAGAGCUGCAGCAACAGAAGUACACGGAGACGUUUGUGAGCAAUCUGCAGACCCAGCUGGAGCAGUCCAGGCUGCGCGAGGCCGAACUGCAGGGAGCGCUGAAGGAAAUGCAGGACAAGGUCCUGGACCUGGAGAAGAGGAGCACAUGUCUGCCCGAUGAGAACAACAUGGCGGCUCUGCAGGAGGAGGUGAAGCAGACCAAGCUGAGGGAGCUGGAAACGCUGCGCUUGUUCAAAGAGAUGCAGGACACCGUCACUGAGCUCAACCAGCGCUGGCAGCACCACAUGUCCCGCGGCAGCAGCACGGGUGGCGGGGGCGGCCACUGGAAGGAGUCCCCGAAGAAGAACGCCAUGAACGAGCUGCAGGACAAACUGAUGACGGUCCGACUGAGGGAAGCCCAGGCUCAGGCUGAGCUCCGAGAGGUCAAACUCAAAGCUCUGCAGCUGGAGAGCCAGAACCAGAUCCACAGCAAGCUGAUUGGUCGCAACGAUCAGGAACGCUCCGCCCUGCAGGACCGGCUCCAGAUGCUGGCCAAUCAGAACAAAGCUCUCCAGACCCAGCUCAACGAGAUGAAAAGGAAGCAGACAGAGUCCGACUGCAAGAGCAAAGAGGAGGUGAUGGCGGCGCGACUGAGGGAAGCAGACAGUAUGGCUGCCAUGGCUGAACUCAGACAGAAGGUUGCUGAUCUUGAGAUACAGAAGGAGGAAGGGCUGAUCCAGGGCCAGCUGAACCACUCAGACUCCAGACAGUACAUAAACGAGCUGCGGGACCAGAUCGCCGAGCUCAAGAACGAGAUCAGGCAGAUGCGAGGGCAGAAGGCGGCCCCCAGCCACAGGGUCAGCAGCGGAGGAGGGAGUACCAACUACCAGGAUCUGUGUCUGGCCAGCCCCGCCUCCGCUGAGGGAGACUAUCUGAGCUCAGACGAGGACCUCCUCCCCAGCCCGCUGCCUCCAAACGCCCUUUACCCCAGCCUGUCCGGCCCGUGUCACCCGUCUGCCCGCCUCGACAGCGAGGGCAGUACGGACAGCGAGGCAGAGGAACGGGCUCUGACGCAUCCGGACCCACAGCAGCUGUAUGGCAGCAUGGUGUGCGCUGAGGCCAUGGACAACUGAGACCUGGAGAGAAGGGUGUGAGGGUUUCAUUGGAUUUGUUUGAGCUAAAGAGACGCUGGAGCUCUACAGGACGGGACUGCUACUGUAAACUGGGGCUGUAUCCAAUCCAGUCCUCCUCCUCCUCAGCUUUUCCAGUGUUUACCUUUUAACUUGAUGGCGGCAUUGAUUGGACCCCUGACCACCACUCAUGUUGUUUCCCCCGCCCCUGUUACCAUCUCCUCCACCGUGUCCCCCCACGCUGUCCCAUCCUGUGUUUUUUUUCACAGACCAGGAGGUAACGUAAUGCCUCGCUCCUUGUUCCCCCGUGUAACCGGGCCAGAAACCAUCCAAACGCAAAGAUGCGACACGCAACCAAACAAAAAAGGACUGACGCUGGACCAGCAUGACUCUUGUUGCCUCUCGCUGCUCGGCGUCCACGGGACCUGCUCCUGCAACUGUGACAAUGAGUGAAACCGGGGGUGGGCAGAAAAUAACUCUCUCCUAAAAACUGAGUGACAGACACUUGACACCUGAUACGACUCUCCUUUAUGACUGGUUCAGAGUUAAAUAUCUUCUCUUUUCCCUUUUCAAGCUCUCGUUAGGAAGAAACGCACAAAAAAAGAAAAGAAAAACGUAUAUCAGCCAUCCAUUUACCUCUCAGUAGACCAAGUGUUGAAAAGAAAACAGGUGGUGAGUAUGAGGAAAGAGAGAGAGAGGUGCAGUGUAGGAAUACGUACCCAUCAAACAGGAGGAAUAUCACCAGAUGGCAUUCAUUAUUGUGUUACUUUAACAUACUAAAUGUGUGAGUUAAUGCAACAGAUCAUGUUAAAAACAACAUGUUCACCAUAACCCAGAGAACAAGGAAGGAAGAAACUCGAUGUUGCCAAAUCUUUUUUUUAAUUAUUAUUAUUAUUUAUAUGUUAUUUAUUUGGAUAUUUUUUUAUAUAUUUUAUAUAUCUAUAUGAAACUAUAGAAGUGUAGAGAUACCGACAGAGGCCAAACUUUCUACACCGUCCCUUGUGCCAACUAGUCGCCUGUUACAGGUUUACUGUGACACCCGAGUGUUUCAGAGACGGAAAUGUGCUGCUAUGAUUUUGGAUUUACUUCCCCCAUUAUUUUUUUGCUCUCUGUUGUUGUUUUGUUUUUUGUAAUCUUUGUGCGGUGAACAUGCAACCUCCUGUUAACUCGCCGCAGACUGAGUCGUUUGACCGGAUUCCUAACCCGGAGAUUGUCAACAUUCAGCGAGGCUGGGGACCAUUUUCUUCCAAACCGAGCAUGAUCAUUUACGUGUGAGUUAGAGGAACAGUUUGACGUUUCAGGACUUUCAUUUUCUCUCCUGCUGAGAACUACAUGAGAAGAUCGAGACGUUUCUCCUGUCUCUGUUAAACAUGAAGCUACAGCCGGGAGGUAGCCUAGCACAGUGACUUCUUGUGUCGAGUCACGGAAAGAAAUCCAGCACAUUAACUUGUUUUUACACAAUGUUUAAAGUAACUGCAUUGUGGCCACAAGUGGGAUAAUGGUAAUGCUAAAGUUUCAUUAGCACAAAAAGAAAAACCUAGGUUUUUCCUGCGAAGACCGAAGUCUAGAUUGAAAAGACUAUUGGUCAGAUAUCGUACAUGGAUGAGGAUUUGUUCAUUAAUUAUUGCUCAAGGCCUUUGGGGCGUAGCCAGGCUAGUUGUUUCCCCUUGUUUCCAGUUUUUGUGCUCAGCUAAAAUAACCGUCUCCUGGCUGUAGACACGUUUUUUUUUUUGUGUUUUUUUAGAACGUUUUUUUUUUGUUGUUAUCGGUCCCACACGUGCCAAAAGAAACCCGACUAACAACGCUGAUCUGGAAUCAACAGUUCAUGUGCUCAUAUCACUUUUUGACAGCUAUAACUGCAGCAUGUGGGCCAAUGAAAGUGGAGGGAGCGGUUCAUAUCGUAAGGAUGCCAACAGAGAGAGUGUGGGUGGAAAAUAUUUUACAUAUCAGACAUUAGUAUAUUCUGUGUAGAAAACAAAGAGUGUAAAAUGUAUGGCGAGAUAUGAAAUAUACAAUGUAACCAGAGCAUAAGGUAUAUGGAUAAGAUUUAAAGCUGUAUCACUGUCAGCCAUAUCUUGCUGAAGCUGGUGAGUGUGUAAUUUUAUCAAACAGGGUCUCAUACGUAGAGCAGCGAUCUGCUUUUUUGCACUACAGACAAAGUGUCUGCUCAUGACACUAAGCAGUGAGAGAAGGUGUGGAUGAAUGGAUUCGUGGUGGGAUCAUUUCUUGUUCUAUUCAGCUCUUGACCUUGACGUUAUCGAAGUACCUCGCUCCAAGAUUAUCCAUCCCAACUUUGUAAUGGGCUUUAUUAUUCCACGGACCGAUGUUGUAGGACGCUGUCUAUAUUCUCUAAAGGCCCUCUUUCAUUUCUAACAUCGUUGUGCAGUACAAUUGAAGGAAUCGUAAUGGUGAGAAGUACUGCUGUCCCCUGAGAAAUAAGGAAAUUGGAUCUUCCAGUAAUGGCCACCAAAGAGCUAAAGAGGAUGUUGUUUGCCCACCGUACUGUUGCAAGUAACAGCCUUUUAGUGGGUGUAGCAACUGAAAUCUCCACAGUCUUCGGAUGCCGUCUGACCAAACGGAGGGUUGGUUCCUGCUCAUUCUUAGUCGUAUGCUCCUCAAAGAUCAUUCGAUCACAUUUAUCUAUUUGAUGCAUUUACUUUGCCUUUUCUAUGCUUUUGGUUUUCAUUAACAGUGACGUCCGUCUUUCCCUUGAGGGAUUCGAAGGAUCUACAGGAAAAGGGUGAUGUAAUGCACAAGGCAUCGUUGGAUCAUGAGUCGGGGAAAACAUUGUUCACCGUGUUCUUGAAGGUGCCGGUGGUCUCUGUCCGAAUUGCUGGCCCUCUCAGCCCACGCUUUGUUUGGUUGCAUUUCUGACAGAGUAACCACUGAAAGCAUGUUUAAGACUGAUCUCUAUGGGAGCCUUACUAUCAAAGUGUGUGUUGCCAUUACCACCACGACUGAAAUCUUUCGGAUUCUAACUUUUCAGUUUGCCCAUUUCUUUCCCCCGUAGUUUCCAGUUUUGUCUUUUAACUUCCAGUCUUACCCCGGCUAAAGUCAACUCGUAUCAAACUCCGCGUCCUCAUCAGUUCAGACAGCCUAGUAUACGCUCCUCAAACCUGAGGCCAACAAGUCCCCCCCCGCCCCCCCAAUAUAAAAGUGGGAAAUAAGACAAUGCCGUGCUAAACAGUGUGUGUGUGUCACAUGUGCGUUCUUCCUGGUUAGUCAGGUGUUUAAUUUCUCCGAUUCACGUGCCGUUUGUGACGGCUGUUUGAUGUCCACAGCAUCGUACCCAGGAACCCUGCCCGCCCUCUCUCUUUCUGUCUUGCAAUUCAACUGAUGUUGUUAUCAAAUAUAUUAAAUGACAGUAAAGAUUAUAUAAAUUCCAGUAACAUG